AUGACGACCAAGACAGCCAAGGCGGACCAGCUCGAGGCCUCGGUGGUAGAGCCCACGCCCAAGGACAGAAUCACGGCAGACUUUGGGACCAAGCAGUCCAACACGGACGACUGGUUGCGCGUGCGCAGUGACAAGACGACGGGUCCCAUGCUCCUCGAGGACGCCUUUGCUCGAGAAAAGAUACACCGCUUCGACCAUGAGAGAAUUCCAGAACGUGUCGUGCACGCCCGCGGCGCCGGCGCCUUUGGCACCUUUCGUCUCCUCGAGUCCGCCGAGGACGUCACCCACGCGGGCGUCUUGACGGACACGUCUCGGGAAACGCCCGUCUUCGUCCGCUUCUCCACGGUCCUCGGCAGCCGCGGCUCCGCCGACACGGUCCGCGACGUGCGCGGGUUCGCCGUCAAAAUGUACACGCAAGAGGGCAACUGGGACAUUGUCGGCAACAACAUGCCCGUCUUCUUCAUCCAAGACGCCAUCAAGUUCCCGGACCUCAUCCACGCGGCCAAGCCCGAGCCGCACUGCGAGAUCCCGCAGGCGCAGUCGGCGCACAACAACUUCUGGGACUUCAUGUACAUGCACCCCGAGGCGACGCACAUGUACAUGUGGACCAUGUCGGACCGGGCGAUUCCUCGGUCCUUCCGGAUGAUGCAGGGCUUCGGCGUCAACACGUUUACGCUCCAAAACGCCCGCGGCGAGCGGCACCUCGUCAAGUUCCACUGGACGCCCGAGCUGGGCGUCCACUCGCUCGUCUGGGACGAGGCCCUCAAGAUUGCCGGCCAGGACCCCGACUUUCACCGCAAGGACCUCGCCGAGGCCAUCGACGCCGGCGUCUACCCCAGGUGGAAGUUUGGCAUCCAGGUCAUCCCCGAUGCCAAGGCGGACGACUUUGACUUUGACGUCCUCGACGCCACCAAGGUCUGGCCGCAGGAGCUCGUGCCCGUCCGCUACAUCGGCGAGCUGGAGCUCAACCGCAACGUGGACGAGUUCUUCACCGAGACGGAGCAGGCGGCCUUUUGCACGAGCCACGUCGUGCCGGGCGUCGGCUUCUCCGACGACCCCCUCCUGCAGGGCCGCAACUUCUCCUACUUUGACACGCAGGUCAGCCGGCUCGGCGUCAACUGGGAGGAGCUGCCGGUCAACAGGCCCGUCUGCCCCGUCAUGAACUUCAACCGCGACGGCGCCAUGCGGCACACGAUUGCCCGCGGCAAGGUCAACUACUGGCCGAACCGGUUCGAGGCGCAGCCGCCGGCGUCCCGCGAAGAAGGCGGCUACGUCGACCACCCGCAGGAGGUUAGGGGCGUCAAGAUGCGAGCCAAGAGCGACAAGUUCAGGGACCACGUCUCGCAGGCGCAGCUCUUCUACAACUCCAUGUCGGACAUUGAAAAGAGGCACAUCGCGGCCGCACUCUCCUUUGAGCUAGACCACUGCGAGGAGCCCAUUGUCUACGAGCGCCUGACACAGCGUCUCGCCGAUAUUGACAUGGGCCUGGCGCGGGCCGUGGCCGCCAUGGUCGGCGGUCCCAGCCCGGCCCCGUCCCCCGGGCAGAACCACGGCAAGACGGCCGCCGGACUGAGCCAGCUCGAAUACGUCCCCGAACGGGUGACGGUUGCCUCGCGCAAGGUCGCUGUCCUCGUCGCCGACGGCUACGACGCCAUCUCCUACGGCGCCGUCGUGGCCGCCCUCAAAGCCGCGCGCGCAAUUCCCGUUGUUCUCGGCCCACGGCGCUCGCCUGUCUUUGCCGCCGGCGAGGACAGCCAGUCGGCCAGGGGCCUCGUUCCGGACCACCACUUUGAAGGGCAGCGGAGCACGCUGUUUGACGCCGUCUUCAUCCCUGGCGGGGAGGCGUCUGUCGAUGCGCUGGCCAAAAUGGGCCGAGUCACGCACUACGUGCGCGAGGCGUUUGGCCACCUCAAGACUGUUGCUGCGACGGGCGAGGCCGUAGACCUUGUCAGGAAGGCCGUGUCGCUGGAUGGUGUGCGGUUCUCCGGGGAUGGCGAUGCGGUGCUGAGCUAUGGUGUCGUCACGCUGAGGGAUCCCAAGCCCGAGAGCUUGAAGGAGGUUGUGCAGGCGACCAAGGGUGCGAAGCACUUUUUGGACCAGCUCUUCUGGUCGAUGAGCCAGCAUCGAUGCUGGGACCGGGAGUUGGACGGGCUGGCUGCCCAGGUUGCGUAUUAG